UACCUGGUUCUGGUGAAGGGUACAACGGUAAAAAGUUCAGAUCACAUCCUUCCGCCAUAAGGCAAAUCCCCGUUGGUACAUUGGUAAAGCAAGCAAUGGUUGCUGUGCUGUGGUUUCUAAUCGUAUUAGUUGAUGUAAGCAAGUCUCUUAAAUGCACUGAGCCUGUGAGGUCUGUGAAAGGAAAGUAUCUCAGAGGUCAUGUAACUUCAAACGUUAGUACUAGCAGCCUGGGUGACUGUAUGCUGGAGUGCUUCAGUGAUCCGCAAUGUAAAAGCAUCAACUUUCGGUUUAAGUACUUACUCUGUGAACUAAACGACGCCAGUAGAAACACACACCCAUGGGAUUACAUUUCCAGCGAGGAGCAUGCGUACAGUGACAUCCAUCCUAAUGAGGUAGCAUUUCAGAGUCUGCAUUUGAACAUGACACCUUCAUGGCUUCAAGCCCAUGCUUCUUUCAUUGAUAGCAACAGCUCCCAUUCCGCAACUGCUGACCAGAUAACAUUCAACGCAGGCUCUUUAAAGAAUGCAGCCCUUUUCAAAGUUGCUUUGGUGGCCGAUGGUGUGUUGACAGAAGGAGCUUCGUUGACGGUUGAGAUGACUAUAGCAGUUAAUGCAACUUAUGGGCAGACAACCGACAGUGACCUCAGACUCGGUGUGUCGGAUGGAGGCAAAUUCAUCGGGUUUGAAAUACCAGAUCACUAUGAUUACGAAAGCAAUGGUCCUUGUUAUGGAAUACAGGCGAAGUCCGGCAGCUCUCUGAGUGACAUAAAGGCUUUAGCUAAGAACGCUGCCAUUUCACAGCCAAGUUCGUACCCAGGAUUGUUUUUCCUCACGUUAAAGUUGGAUCAGAAAUGGGGUUCAUGCAUCAUUGCUCGUGGGCAUGUCGGGGGAUUUAAUAAAACGGUUAGAUACACCGAGCAGUUGAUGCUACGCCAAGGACUUACUUUUGAAGUGUAUAAAUCGGACGAAAAGGAAAGAGCUGGUAUCAAGUAUGUCGAGGUUAGAGUGAGUAAAAAUUGAAAAACCUUAAAAAAGCUAAGCAGAUUUUGAUAAAUAAUUAAUUGAGAAAUAAUUUGAGAAAUAAUUUUGAGAAAUAAUGAAACUGAACCCUCGACCACAUUAGAAAGCUUUUAAAACGACGCAGAACAUUUUCACCAACGCAUGCGCUUUUGUUUCGAUUUCACUGCUUAACAAAAAUGGUAAAUAAUAACUUGAGCUAAUUUACGUCUUAUGGCUUAUAUACAACAUUUACAGCACUGAAUGUACGUGAAUUUAAUCGGUAGUCACGUAGUGUCUUUCAUUGCCAAUGAAAUACCUGUCGUGUUAAGUUUUUAACAUAGUUUAUUACCACAGCCCAACAGCUAACAGUGCAUUUAGCUAACAGUGCGAGCUAUUGAUGGCUCGAUAAAAUUGGUUUCAUCAGUUGUGCCGCCAGUCUUCGUUUAACCAAUAAACUACAAGCAUAAGUCCCUUCAAAAGAGCAAGCCUAAGUCUUACUUAAAAUAGUGCGAAUUUUAAUUAUGAAUAAAUGAAUAAAGAAUUCGUUUGGAACGAUGUAAACCUUUUUUAAUUCGUUCUUCACCUUGAAGUACCAAGUCCAAUUGACAAUU